AUGGCCUGCGCCGAGCCCCAGCGCGUCUCCACAGGAGCCACCGCCACGGAGGCCACAGGCCCUGCUAGGGCUUAUCUUGGCUCCACGGAUGGCGACCUCGAGUGUCUGGUGUGCCGGGAGCCCUACAGCUGUGCCCGGCCACCCAAGCUGCUGGCCUGCCAGCACCCCUUCUGUGCCGUCUGCCUGAAGCUCCUGCUGUGUAUCCAGAACGACGCCUGGUCCGUCACCUGCCCACUGUGCCGCCAGGCCACCACCGUCCCCGGGGGCCUCAUCUGCAGCCUGCGUGACCAGGAGGCCGUGGCGGGGCGGCUGGUCUGGCCGGAGGUGCGGCUCUGUCCUCAGGGACUGGCGGAUUCCGCCACCUCGACGGCCAGGCACCCCGGCCGGGUGGCAGAGGAAGGGCAGGACGCGGCAAGUGUUAACCGCGUGGCGGCCCGGCGCCUGGCGGCACACCUGCUCCUACUGGCCUUGCUCGUCGCCCUCAUCCUGCCCUUCUUCUACCCGGGCAUCCUCCGGUGGGUGCUCGCCGUCAUUAUCACCUUGGCCCUGCUGAUGCCCUCCCUCUUCUGCUGUCACCGGAGCAGCCGGGGCAGCUGCUGGCCUCCCCACGGGGCGCUUUUCUGCAGAGAACAGAAGCACAGCGAGAUCGCUUCCAUCGCCUGA